GGAGGCCGCUCUUGGGGCGCUCGGGGUCCUUCCUCCCUGGAAGGCGCGGCCUUCGACCUCGUCCCUUGUCCACCAGCGUGGGCUGCAUGAGCUGGGGGCGGGUGCCCGGCGUCCUGCUCGGCGGAGGGGCCGCGCUGCUCCUGUCCGUUCUUUGGAUGCCUGCGCUGCUGCCGGUGGCCUCCCGCCUUCUGCUGCUGCCCCGAGCCCUGCUGUCCAUGGCCUCUGGAAGCCCUCCUUCCCAGCCCUCUCCGGCUUCGGGCUCCGCCUACGUCCCAGGAUCAGUUUCUGCAGCCUUCGUCACUUGUCCCAACGAAAAAGUCGCCAAGGAGAUCGCCAGGGCAGUGGUAGAGAAGCGCCUGGCGGCCUGCGUCAACCUCAUCCCGCAGAUCACAUCCAUCUAUGAAUGGAAAGGAAAGAUCGAGGAAGACAGUGAGGUGUUGAUGAUGAUUAAAACGCAAAGCUCCCUGGUACCCGCUCUGACAGAUUUUGUUCGGUCUGUGCACCCAUACGAGGUUGCUGAGGUGAUUGCGUUGCCCGUGGAGCAGGGAAAUCCCCCGUACCUGCACUGGGUACAUCAAGUCACAGAAACAGUCUCAGAUUCUGGCAAAGCUCUGCCAUGAUGAGCCCUGUUCUCUGCUUGAUGCCCUCUGCUUCCCAGGUGGUUAUGGCUGAGCCCCCAAUAAAGCCUCUCCUGUUGCUG